AUGCGUGGACAUCUGCAGCUCGCUUCCGUCGACUUCGGUGGGCGACAGCGCCUUGACGCCGCGCUAUCUGUCAGCAUCAACCAAGCCAAUAUGAUAAAGGCCGAGUCGGGACCACCGCAGCAGACCGCUUCCCGGGUGCCCAGCGGUAGCGGCGGCGGCGGCGGCGGCGCGAUGUCAGCAGCCGGCUGUAGUAGUGGCGGCAGGGCGCUCGUCGGCUUAGCGGCCAUGCUCCUUGCCCUGGCCGUGAUUGAUGUGGAUUGCGGUACGGCAGCCGCCGCCGCCGCCACCGAAGGCCCCCUGCCACCGAGUCUUCGACCCGACAUCGUACACUUCGACACUGGGCAGGCGGAGAGCACCCUGCCCCCUUUUGGCCAGCUGUACAUUUGGAUGGAUGCAGAGUACGACGUUCGUCCCGCAAACUUACUCAUAUUCAACGGCAACUGCUCCGUACGACAGUACGGCGGCAACGGUGGCGCCGCCAUCGACUUUGACGGUGCGACGUGUUGUGGCGCGAUGCCGAACGACCUCACGACAUCUGCCAACUGGGAUCCUAGCCCUGACAGGGCAUUUACUGCAGUUUGGGUGGGACGGGUGGCGGCGAGGACUUCGGCAGUAGCAGCGACAGCGGCGGUGUCCGUGGGCGAUAGCCCUUGGAUGCUCGGUAUGGGAUUGCAUGGAAGCAGUAGCAGUAGCAGUAGCAGCGGCGGCGGCGGCGGCAGUGGGCUGCUGAUGUCUACGGGCGGCAUUACGACCGGCACGGCACAAUAUGGGUACGGCAUCCUGGAUGAUUGGACGAGCACGGCGCCAUCGCUGCGUCCACCGAACAACGAAUGGACGAUGGAGGUGCUCGUACGACAUCCCGGGGCAUUGACCGCCACCCACCAUCGCUGCUGCCAGUCGUACUGCCUGGCAUCUCGUACUCUGGCCAGUGUUCCCAUGAGGGGCCAGGUGCGUCGCGACGGGAAUGUGACAGGGGGUUUCGGAGUGAAGGAGGAUGCGAGAGUUGCCGUACAUGUAUGUUGUUGUUGUUGUUGUUGUUGUUGUUGUUGUUGUUGUUGUUGUUGUUGA